AGUUUCCUGCGAGAGUAUCACUGGCCUCUGAAAUGUUUCUUGUCGGCAAGCAAGGAGCAUCGACGAUGCUCGUUGGCGUUGCUCUUGUGUUCUUGUCCAACUCAUGGGUGCACGCCUUCUGCUCCUCAGGGUGCGGCAGCAUCCUGAGGGCUCCUGAAUCUUCGAUGGGGCGGAGGCAUGCCGCCAGGACAAGGGUUGAGGUGGGAGGGGGCUUCGGGUUUGCACGCGACAGUUUCAAGUACACAGGAACACAGAGACCCAGUCGUCUGUCUCCUCCAAGACAGAUCCCUGACAACAUCAUGAAGCCCGACUAUGCUGAGGACGGAACACCCAAGGCGAGACAGCUGGGGAUGCCUUGGGACAUUCCUGUAAACUCACCGGAAGAUAUCGAGGGAGUCCGCGCAGCAAGUCGAGCGGCGAGGGAGGUGCUGGACAUCGCAGGAGCUGCUGUGAAGCCGGGGAUGACUACGGACGAGAUCGAUGCCCUUGUACACGAGGAGACGAUCAAGAGAGGAUGUUAUCCUUCCCCGCUCAACUACAACGGUUUCCCUAAGAGCGUUUGCACGUCUAUCAACGAGGUUAUCUGCCACGGAAUUCCUUGCACGAACACACGUCUCAAAGAAGGCGACAUCAUCAACAUCGACGUCACUUGCUAUCUCAACGGGUAUCACGGAGACUGCAGCGAGACUUUCUGUGUCGGCGAGGUGGACGAUGCGGGAAAGAAGCUUGUCAAAGUCACGUACGACGCCUGGCAGGCGGCGAUCAAGAUCUGCAAGCCUGGCGUCCCCUACUCGCAGAUCGGAGGAGUGAUCGAUGACAUCGUGACCAAGGAGGGCUUCACCUCGACCAGAAAUUUCUGCGGGCACGGAGUGGGCAAGAUCUUUCACUCCAACCCGACAGUCCUGCACUACAAGAACAAGCAGAACAACGGAGUGAUGGCUCCUGGUCACAUCUUCACCAUAGAGCCCAUGAUCAACGAGGGAGGCGUGCAGAACAUGAUGUGGAAGGACAACUGGACUGCUACCACCAGGGACGGGAAGAGAUCCGCCCAGUUCGAACACACCCUUCUCAUCACCAAGGAUGGAGUUGAGGCGCUCACAGCCAAGACCGAAAAUUCCCCGCGUUAUUGGUGGGAAUUGUAAAGUCAGAUUUCCUCCU